AUGCCGCACAUGCAGAGUCCUGUCGGGGUUGCUCCUGGUUUGUCUCCUGCAGUUACUUACUCUGUACGAACCAUCGGUGGUCCACCAGUGGUUCUCACAGGCAACUGCAAUGCUACCCUGUGUCAGUACCAGACUAAUUUCCCUAUUGAUGAUAAUCGUCCCAGCAACCCCUUUACUGUGUCUGUUACCUUGUCCAAUGGAAUUGGAGGUGGUCAAUCAGUGAAUGCACCCUUUCAAGCUCAUCUGUCCAGUGGUUUCCAAGGCUCGACCGGUUUGACAGUGACGUACGGAAUAACGCCUAACUGUGAUGCCAACACUGUGAUGUCAGCUAAUAAUGGCAUGGCUGGGGAUACUCUGAAAGUUGUCCUGACAUCUCUACAACCUAACUCAACUUAUUGUUAUUCCAUUUACAUGUACUUCAACCAAGGAGAACUAUUAUUUAAGGUGGUGGGAAUGUUCCGCUCAGGUGAUUUUGUUAUACCACCAGACAAUCCAAGUUUGGUUAUAGUUGUCAGUAUAAGUGCGGUUGUCCUCUCCUUUGCUAUUGGAAUUAUUGUGGGAAUAUUGCUCACUCAUUUUUGUGGGAUAUGUGUACAAGGAAUUCGACGAAGAAAGUGUGGCACUCUACUGUUGGUCAUUCUUCUUAUAAUCGUGUUUGGCUUUGGAAUUGGUAUUCUCAUUGGCUACUGCUGUGUGAAGAACAAGAAAGGGGUGCAUAGAGGAUCAGUCGAAGAUGAAGAUCCAAAGGGGAGGUCUGAGAAAUUAACUGGAACUGAAAUGAGUUCACCGCCACCUGUGAUAUACGAAGAGAUAUUAGACUCCCUGGCUCAAGAAAACAUUGCGUACAGCCAUGUUCAACAAUUACAAGCUCCACUUGAACGGAGAGGACCAGUAUACGAGGACAUUAAACCAGACCCCCACACUCAGGGAAACCUCGCUUAUGGACACGUGCAGUUUCAUUAGCUCCAAGCGGCAUACAAUGAAUUAUGGUGUUUUAGAGUAAAAUUAGUGUCAGUUUUUUUUUAUCCUCCCUGUGUAUAUUCAUGCACUAUAUAGUAA